GUGUGAGAGGGUAUUUAAAAAUUGAGGUAUUUGACUCUCUAAUGUGAGUAUAAAGUAAAAGAUGUUGGUAAGUAUAUAAGAAAGUUGAAAAACAACAAAAACAUAUGUAAAGAAAAUUGAUCUGCAAAAUACAGAACAAAUAAGCUGCAAAGCUAAAAGAGACAAGUUAGUAAAACAAUUGGCUCUAAUCCAAGAGAAAAAUAAAUAAAAAUGAUGGAAAAUACAUUUAUUUUUGUUUUGUUUUUGUUUUUAAGCUUUUAAAAGAAAAUGUGUGUCUUUAACAUAAAAUCCUCCAAAAAAAAAGAUUUUCCUGUCCCCAAAAUGCUUUUUCCCUUUUGCCGCACGCAAAAAAAAAGACGGCUUUUCUUUUCUGAUAUCUUUUCUGUUUUCUCUCGUUUCUCUGUCCUUUUUUCUCUGCGUGAAAUUGGAUCCGGUAGGUUUCCGGAAAAGUAAAAGUAGUUAA